AAUUUUGAUCACUGUCUCACUUCUUCUUCGCUGAUUCGUUUCAAAGCAAAAAGCAUUUGGGUUCUUGAUCUUGACGAUCUCUGAGGAACACGAGAAUUUGAAAUCUGGCAAAAUCUGUCUCGAAUUUUCUCUCAGGAUAUUGACAGAGAGAAUCGCCAAAAAAUGUGUCCCUGCGAAGAGCGUCGUGCUCCACCUGGGGUUUACUAUACUCCGCCGCCGGCGAGAACAAGUUAUGUGGCGGCGAUGCCGUUGUCGGAGAGGAGAAGACCACCGUUUUCUUGUUCUUCGUCGUCGGAGAAACGUGAUCCGUUUCACAUUGUUCACAAGGUUCCUUCUGGUGAUUCUCCUUACGUCAGAGCCAAACAUGCGCAGUUGAUAGAUAAAGAUCCGAAUAGAGCUAUAUCAUUGUUUUGGACUGCAAUAAACGCUGGAGAUCGAGUUGAUAGUGCUUUGAAGGACAUGGUAGUUGUAAUGAAACAGUUAGACCGAUCUGAUGAAGGAAUUGAAGCCAUCAGAUCCUUCCGGUAUCUCUGUUCUUUCGAGUCUCAAGACUCCAUCGAUAACUUGCUACUAGAACUCUACAAAAAGUCAGGGAGGAUUGAAGAAGAAGCUGAGUUACUUGAGCACAAGCUGAAAACACUCGAACAAGGAAUGGGAUUUGGAGGUAGAGUCAUUAGAGCUAAAAGGGUUCAAGGAAAACAUGUUACAAUGACUAUCGAGCAAGAGAAAGCAAGGGUAUUAGGGAACUUGGGCUGGGUUCAUUUACAGUUACAUAACUAUGGAAUUGCAGAGCAGCAUUACAGGAGAGCUUUGGGUUUGGAGCGAGACAAAAACAAACAGUGCAACCUUGCAAUCUGCUUGAUGCGUAUGGGUCGAAUUCCUGAAGCUAAAUCUCUUCUUGAUGAUGUAAGAGAUUCUCCUACAGAGAGUGAAUGUGGAGAUGAACCAUUCGCAAAGUCUUAUGACCGAGCCGUUGAGAUGUUAGCAGAAAUAGAAUCGAAAAAUCCAGAAGCUGAUCUUUCGGAUAAGUUCUACGCGGGAUGUUCAUUUGCAAAUGGGAUGAAGGAAAACAUAGCUCCUGGAAUCGCAAACAAGAACUACUCGCAUGUUUCUUCUUCUCCAGCAUCUGUUGUACCGAACUCUGCAGGUCUAUAUACACAACCUCGCGGUUGCAGAGCAGGGAUGUAUGAAGAAGAGACGAGAGGUGCAGCUCGAAAGCUACUGUUUGAGAAACCGAAACCUUUUGCUUCUGAACAGAUUAAGAUCUUAAAGAGAGGAGAAGAAGAACCCCAGAAGCGAAAGAAACUGGACCCGAACAUGAUUCAAUAUCUCCAUGAAUUCAUCAAAGAUACAGCAGAUGGUCCAAAGAAUGAAUCUAAGAAAAGCUGGGCAGAUAUCGCAGAAGAGGAAGAAGAAGAAGAAAGAUUGCAGGCAGAGACAUAGGAUCUCAUUGUACCGGUGUUAUCAAAUUUUUGAAUCAUAGAAUUUGUAUAGGCUUUUGACAUUGAAAUAUUUUCAUAGACAAAACAAAGAAGCAUAGGCAAAUGGGAUUACACUCCAGAACAAA